AUGUCUGGCCUGGUGUCGGACGAGGUCGCGGAGGACUACAAGAACUCGCUGGAGGAUUUGACCACCAAUGACCGAUUCCAGAUCAGCAACCUCACCGUCAUCGCCAAGGAGAAUACCGAGCAUGCCAUGGCCAUCUCGCGCGUGCUGGAGAAUCACAUCCGCUCAACUCCGCCGCCCCAGAAACUCCCAGCGCUGUAUGUAGUCGACUCCAUCGUCAAGAACGUGGGCACCCCCUACACGCUGUUCCUGGGCCGCAACAUGUACCAGACCUUCAUGAACGCCUACACCUUGGUUGACUCGCAGACCCGCCGCAAACUGGACGAGAUGCUCAAGACCUGGAAGGAGCCCGUACCCGGUUCGCUGGACACACGCCCGGUCUUUCCUCCAGACAUCACCCGCAACAUCGAAAACGCCCUGAUCAAGGCCCGCACCGCCGCAUUGCAGUCGCAGCAGGCCCGCCAGCCCGAGAUCCUGCGUGGCCGGGGGAGCGUCACGCCCACCAACUGGGCCACCCACCCACAGCCCAACAUGCGCCAUCCGCUACCCAAUCAGCCGCCGCCGACGAAUAAUAAUGGAUUCAAAACAUCGACUCCACCACCACCGGCCCAUCGGCCCGAUCCCAACCUGGACUCGUUGAACCGAGACUUGGAUGUCUUGAUCGCCUCGGCGCGGACGGAUUUCGCCAAUAGCCCGUUCAACCCAGCUUCACAGCAACGCUUGAAGGCGCUGCUGGAUCUCCAGGGCAUCUUGCAGAGGCAGCAACUGACCCAGGACCAGCUGAACCUCGUCCGUGAUCAAAUAUCUGCGCUGGGGACCUCCAAUACUCUUCCGAAUGCCCCUGCGAAUGGACCGACAGCAUCGGCGCCUCCCCCAGUAUCGACUCCGCCCACCCAGUCUGUCUCGCAGCCAUUACAGCAACUCCUCAAUCCCGGAACUCUGGCAGGGCUCAUCAAAGCCACUGCCGUGCGCCAGCAACCUACACCGCCGCCACAACUUCCUAAUGCUCUCUCUCAAAUGCCCCAGAUUCCUCCGUCCAGCGGCACACCGCAGCCGGGACCUGCUGGCCCCGAAAAUCCUCUCAUCGCGGCACUUCGGGCGCGUGGUCUUUUGCCUCCUGCAUCCGCUCCACCAUCUCUUCCCCUUUCAGGUGCUGGAGGUCCUGGUUUGCCGUUCAUGAUCCCCGGGCAGAUGGGGUCUACCCCUCCGGCCCAAAACCCUCAGUCUUCAAACAUUACUUCCGAAGUUCCUAUGACUACUGCAUCUAUGAAAAUACCCAGGGUUGCUCUGGUAGUUUCCCUCUAUGAAGCCCGUUCGAACCGAUGUGGAACCUGCGGGCGCCGGUUCCUCACCACUCAAGAAGGCAAGGACAAGAAAGCCCGUCAUCUUGACUGGCAUUUUAAGACCAACCAGCGCAUGGCGGAAGCCGCCAGGCGGGCCCAGACCCGCAGCUGGUAUGUCGAUGAAAGAGAUUGGAUCAAAUCUCGGGAAGCUGGCGAUGAUCAAGGCGCCGCCGACCCCGAGCCUCCUGCUGAAGACGCUGCGACAGACACCGCCAAACAAGGGCCCCCCAAGCAUUGGAUCCGCGCCCCGAAUGACGCCACACUCCGCAACACGCCAUGCCCCAUCUGCCAGGAGAAAUUUGAGUCGAGUUGGUCCGAGGACGUCCAGGAUUGGAUCUGGCAGGAUGCGAUCAAGGUUGGCCCUCGAGUCUACCAUGCCAGCUGCUACGCUGAAGUAACCAAGGAUGGGCCUGCUCCCGCGCGCGGUGACACACCUCAGGCGCGGACGGGCACACCCGACUCGGUGCUAGGAAAGCGGAAGGCCGAGGGCGAUUCCCCUGGGCACAAGGUGCGCAUCAAGACGGAGCCGGCGUGA